CGAGGCGCGGGGCCGAGCUCCGCUCCGCUGCGCAGCAGCAGCAGCGCGGUCCCGGUCCCGGUCCCGGUCCCGGUCCCGGCGGGGAUGCCUGCCGGCGGGGCGUAGAGGAGCGCCCCGGUGCCCCGGGAGGAUGUCGGGGAGCGGCGGAACGCUGCUGCUGCUGCUGCUGCUGGCUGCGCUGCUCGGUGCUCCGGGGGCCGCGCAGCCGGCGGGGGAAGCCGCCUGCCGCCCGGUCCGCGCCGCUUUCCAGGUGCUGCAGCCCGGAGCCAAGUGGGUGCCCGAGAGCCCCGUGCCAGGGUCCGAUCUGCAAGUAUGUGUCCCGAAGGGCUCCACGUGCUGCUCAAGGAAGAUGGAGGAGAAGUACCAGGCAGCAGCCCGCCUGAACAUGGAGCAGGUCCUGCAGUCUGCCAGCAUGGAGCUGAAGUUCCUCGUCAUCCAGAACGCCGCCGUCUUCCAAGAAGCCUUUGAAAUUGUAGUACGGCAUGCAAGAAACUUCACCAACAGCAUGUUUAGGACCCACUACCAGAGCAUGGGGCCCAGAGCUCUUAAGUUUGUUGGAGAACUUUUUACUGAUGUCUCGCUGUACAUAUUGGGCUCUGACAUCAGCGUUAAUGACAUGAUAAAUGAAUUUUUUGACAGUUUAUUCCCUUUGGUUUACUCUCACUUGAUUAAUCCCGGCUUCCCCGAUCCUUCCGUGGAAAUGACUGAAUGCCUGCGGGCAGCCAGGAGAGACCUCAAGGUCUUUGGCAACUACCCGAAGAUGAUGAUGACGCAGGUGUCCAAGUCACUGCAGGCCACGCGAGUCUUUCUGCAGGCGCUCAACCUGGGGAUCGAGGUGAUAAACACUACUGACCACUUAAAAUUCAGCAAGGACUGUGGACGAGCGCUGCUAAAGAUGUGGUACUGCUCGCACUGCCAGGGGCUCCUCCUGGCCAAGCCCUGUGCCGGCUACUGCAGCGUGGUGAUGCAUGGAUGCUUGGCAGGCGUCAUAGAGAUCGAUAACCACUGGCGAGAGUACAUCGGGUCUCUGGAGGGGCUGACCAAAGGCAUGCACGGCAUCUAUGACAUGGAGCACGUCCUCCUGAACCUCUUCUCCUUGGUGCGGGAUGCGAUCGUCUACGUGCAGAAGAACGAAGGAAAGCUCUCAACAACCAUCAGCCGGUUAUGUGGCCACGCUCAGCAGAGGCAGUAUCGAUCAGCUAAUUACCCUGAAGACCUUUUCAUUGACAAGAAAGUCCUGAAAGUGACUCAGAUCGAGCAAGAAGAAACUUUGUCGAGCAGGAGGAGGGAACUCAUUACAAAGCUGAAGUCCCACAGCAGUUUUUACAGCAGCUUGCCAGAGUACAUCUGCAACCACAGCUCUGCUGUUCAGAACGACACUCUUUGCUGGAACGGACAAGAAGUUGUGGAGAGGUACAGUCCCCAGAUCACAAGGAACGGAGCAAAAGCUCAGCCUGGCAACCAUGAGGUGAAGAUGAAAGGUCCCGAGCCAGUGAUCAGCCAGAUUAUUGACAAGCUGAAACACAUCAACCAGCUGCUCAAAGGGAUGGCUCUGCUCCACCGAAAAGCUCCAGGCAAAACCCCGGAGGAGGAGGAGGAGAGCGGAGACUGCGACGAUGAAGAUGACUGCGGCGGAGGCUCCGGCGAUGGAGAGCUGCGAGUGAGGAACCAGCUCCGGUUCUUAGCAGAACUGGCGUAUGACCUGGAUAUGGACGACACCUCUGCAAACAAGCAGCUUCUGAACCAGCAAAGCAAAGAAGGUGCUGCGGUCCCCAGCAGCGACCCCGGGAGCGCAGCCCCCCGCCCCAGCCCUGCUGCUGCCGUCACCCUGGUCCUGCUGCUGCUGCUGCUGGGCCACCGGCCGUGAGCGGUGCCGGGGGCAUCGCUUGGUGUCCCUCCACACCUUUUUUUAAUGAGGAAGACAUUCAGAACCUCUUCUGAAAUAUAUGCACAUUUCCAAAGACAGGGCAAAUGACUUGAGUCAGUUUUAUAAAAGAAUAUGGUAACUUCACACAAAAAAAACCCUAAAAAAGCGUUUGUUCAUGGUAAACUAGUAAAUAUGUAACAGUGCUUUUUAAAGAUAAUCCUGUUUAAUAUAAGAAGGUUCGUAUUAAAUUGUGUUCCUCGCAGUUUUUGAAGACUGAGGUCUUCCUUGCUGUUAAGUUGAAGACCAUAUUUCAUCUUGAGUUGUUUGAACAUGCAUGGGAUACAGAACACCUACGAUUUAUGAAAUACUCUCAGCAAAUAUCAGACCCCUGAUCCUAGUUGACUUAAUACAGAUUUUGUCCGUCGUUCAAGCAGUUUUUGUACUUACUCCAAAUUCAAGGCUCACCCCUAGGAAUCUGGCCAGGCACAUAAUAUGGAGGGUGUGUGAAGACAGGGGAGAGAGAAGGUCAGACAUACGGCAGGAGGAAAGAUGCUGCGGAAGAGGAGUUGUUGUGCACCGGGAUUGUUGUGGAGACGUGCUCCUGUGGGCACGAAGCACACUUGCAUCAUGGCAAGUUGCAGGAGAUUUUGCUGCUCGCCUCCCAGCCAGGUCCUGCGAAGCCCUUCAGUGCAGGUGGCUGGUCCCCACCAGCGUCCCCGUGGCCCAUGCCAAUGCCCUGAUUUUUUUCUUCAGAAGUGAAGCACCUCCUUUCCCACGGGAAACCUGCAAACACAGCUCCAGCCAAAGGACAGACGGCGUGGAUGUACACGCUGUGCUUUACGGGGAUGAAUAACGGGCAUCCAUCGCAUUGUGCUACAAGGGAGGAAAAGAAAAGGAUUUGCAGGAGCCCGAGGCAGAUGAAACUCUUACUCAUGUGUUUCUUUGCAUGUUACUUUACUUAAGCUAUCUCUAAAAUAAAGGUCGGUUGCUCUAUAAA